AUAAUGAGGCGAAUAAGUUAUUUCUGGUUUUAAAUGAAGUAAUCUAAUAUAAGUAUAUAAACACACGCAUUAUUAAACGAGAUAUGUAGCUAACCUAAACUAACCAAACAUACAAACGAUUUAAAUAUUUUUCAGAACCAUAACAGAGACUCCAUUUUGGACAAAUCAUGGUUUCAAAGAAUAAAAAACGCUCAAAUCUCUACCGGAAUUGUGAUUCCGCCAGCUCACGAGGUGGCGGAAUUAAUCCGGUAGAUUGUGACGUAAUUCCGAUACAAAAUUCCGCUAGCGAGUGUUCAAGAAUAGGGUUUAGCAAAUUUCUGGUGGAAUCAAGUAAUUCCGCUAGCGGAAUUCUUCCAGCAGCGUCAAGAAUAGGGCCCCUGAACUCUCGCCUUGUUCGGCACGUCGCAAGGUCGUACCGUUCGCUUCUGGUUUUUGUCAUGUUGGUGAAACUAAAGUUUAGUUGUAUUGUUUCGGCAACGAUGCCUUGUUGUUUGUGGUUAUAUGUACGAAUGAAAAGUUAAACUAAUAAUAAAUGGACAGUUAAAGGUUUCGUGCUACCGCACGUAACGAGUUGGCGCUCUGUGCCUCCACACUCGAUAGUGGAGAAUGGGAGGGGUCUCAAGAGUGGAGCACUUGAUGGUUGAAAGGGGACGCAUUCCAUCCUUUCUUUCGGGCAAACAUUGCCACUGGAAAUGAGACAUGUAUUUCAUCUUUCCUUACUAUUUGAUAACGUGCAGCCACACUGAAUGCGAGACGAGGUUGAUGGGCGAAGCAGCCAGCAUGGGCGAAGCAGCCAGAAUGGGCGAAGCAGCCAGCAGGGAUGAAGCAGGCGAGACGGCAGUGUCUUCCAGAAGCAGUCUGUGCUCGAGACUGAAUGCCUGCGAAGACGUGGUGGCGAUGGCGGACCGCUGUUCCGAGGAUGGCGGUCCCGCGGUCGGCAAAGACGCGUGCAGGCGAGUGAGGAAGACUCUCUGUAAGGCAUCGAAGCGCAAGGACAAGCAGUGGAAUGUCAUGCUGAAGCUGAUGACAAAGCUGGGCGUGGAAGGACAAACGUUGCAACUGCAACAGGGGAACCCGAUAUGUGCGCUGAACAAUCUUUGCUUGAAGAACCGCUGGAAGCUGCCGGAGUACACCAAGGUCCAGGACUCGCCUGCUCAAGUGAAGUGCGUGUUCAUGGACCGGGUUGUGGUUGGUUCCGGGAGCAACAGGAUUGCUGCCAAGCAAGAUGCAGCACGUCAAAUCUUGGAUAUUUUGGAAACCUGAGUGUAACCGUUCAGCCCAGUGAGGGCGAUUAACAAAUAAAUCUCCAGUGUGAAAUGCCGAGCCAAGUGUUUCAGCUUUUUUAUUUAUUUAUUAGAAUUGUUUUUGAGUAUUAAAUUAGUUGUGUGGUAUAUUUCUGUUUUUAUUUACUUUAAAUUUUAUUGUGACUUGUUCUCAUUGUAUAGUUUUUUCCCCCUCAUAAAUUUAAUGGCUUGAUUUUAAUAUUCCUUGGAAAUUAUUGUGUUUUUGACUUCUUGUAUCGAUUGAAAUUCUGUUGUGAUAAAUCAAGUUUUUUCAACUUUA